AUAGGUGAAGAAGCUGGAUGUUGAGGUCCUGGGCUGCCAUGGUUACACAUGGUCUGCGUUCGUAAGGCCUGUUGGACGUGAUGCAAAAUUCUCUAAAACAACGUUGGAGGCAGUUUAUGCAUCUAUCAUGGAGGUGCUAGCAAAUGCAGCCGUGGCAGAGAUUUGUAAACUCGUAGACGACGACUAUGCAGAGUUUCGUUUGGAAAUUUCUCAAAGCCAGAAAGAAAACCGGACAUUACGGAGAAAACUACAGCUACUUGAACUGAAGGUGUCACGGGAACGCAUACUACCCAGUCGUCCCAGCAGUGUCAAAAUUCUUGACCGAUACAGAAGCAUAGCAAGAGGUGAAGGACAUCUCACUGGAGGCCACAGGAGUGUUGUGAAGCCAACAGGACAAAAUAGAUGGAGAGAUGACCAACCAAUCACUGUUGAUGAGGGGAGUGGAACCUCAACCCAGCAUGUUAUUGUGAUAGAAGUUAGUGUAAUAGUGUUGCAUAAAAAAAUGACUUACUAUGUAAAUCAAAUGUGGCCAGUUUAUUUCAGAAAGGCUCCCCUCAGCUAUUCACUUGUUUACAUGGACAUCCUUAUUUAUCUUCCAUAGGGGAGCUUGUGAGAUUUCACAAUGACAUUAUCAAAUUCUUAAGGGUCAGUAGCCUACAUUGGGUGUACAAUUAUCAAUUACAGCAUUAUUUAUUCUGUUGCGAAUAAUAUUUACAUUGAACAAAAAUAUAAAUGCAACACAAACUGUUAGUUCCAUAUUUCAUGAGCUGAAAUAAAUUAUCCCUGAAAUUUCUAAUCUAUGGAUUUCACAACUGGAAAUACAGAUCUGGUCACAGAUACCUCUAAAAAAUGGGCCUCAGGAUCUCAUGACAAUCUUUGUGCAUUCAAAUUCUACUGACCUCCGUGAUGCUGCGUCGGCUCCUGGGCUGCACUGGGGUGGUAGUGAGGUCCUCCGUGGCUACAGGGGGUGCCACUCCAGUCUGGUUGUCUCUGCUGUGUUGUGAGUCCUCUUCUUCAGACCUUUCCAGCUUGACCCCAGGAUGUUCGUUGUCUGUAGAUUAUGCCUGCCCAUACACCCACCAUGGGGCACUUUGUUCACAACAUUGACAGAAAACCGCUCACCUCACGACGCCAUACACAUGGUCUGUGGUUGUGAGGCUGGUUGGACGUACUGCCAAAUUCUCUAAAACAAAGUUGGAGGUGGUUUAUGGUAGAGAAAUUAACAUUUAAUUAUCUGGCAAAAGCUCUUGUUUGACAUUCCUGCAGUCAGCAUGCCAAUUGCAAACUCCCUCAAACCUUGAGUCAUCUGUGGCAUUGUGUGACAACUGCACAUUUUAGUGGCCUUUUAUUGUCCCCAGCACAAGGUGAACCUGUGCAAUGACACCUGUCAAGAGGAUGGUUUAUUUUGGCAUAGGAGAAAUGCUCACUAACAGGGAUGUAAACACAUUUGUGCACAUUUGAGAGAAAGAAGCUUUGUGUGUGUGUAUGGAACAUUUCUGGGAUAUUUUAUUUCAGCUCAUGGAACAUGGGACCAACACUUUCCAUGUUGCGUUUGUUCAUUGUAUAGCAGUACACUCAAAAUCUAUUACAACAAUUCUAUUCAAUCAAAUAAGCCACAUAAGCAAAUAAGGCAUGGCAAUUUUUGUUAACUAAAUUUGACACGCAUUGAACUCCAUAUAAAAACUCUACACUUAGUGAGCAAAAAAAGAAACACCACCUCCUGGAGAGGAGAUUGUAUGCCCACUUAUCCCUUUAGCGUUGCCUCUUCCUCUCUACUUCAAGUCGCCAUGAAGCCGUCACAUACAUUGUGGGAGGCGCUAUUUGUCAAGCAAUCAUUAGGGUGUUUUUGUUUGACCCAUGCAAAUGUGGCCAAAUAUGUGGCUGAAAAAGGAACUAAGUUUGCCACAUUUCAAAGGUACAAAAUGUAAAGUGAUGUGAGACGUCUCGAAUUGUACACGUGUUAUGUUUCCAGUUUGAGUGUGUGAUAUGGGGUUAUAUAAAUGUUUAUUUUGACAUUCAUACAGACAAACGUUUAUAAACAAUAGCAGCUAUUUGGACACUGCCAUGUUGAUCUGUUGGAAAACCACUACAGUGCCUGACUUUUGGCUGUGGCAGAUGCACCUCCUGAUUUCACUCCUCGACUUGCAUCUAGUGGGUUUCUUACCACUCAAACAAGCCCAUUGUUGCCUAAUGCACCAUGAAAGUUGUACUUUCUUGUUCCUCGUUUUGUAGGUUAAUAAUUUGCAUUGUGAAAUUCAUAAAACGCAGUCAUAUAAGACAAUGUGUUUCCGAGUGAAUUUAGUUACCAUAUACCGGUUUUCAACUUAUUUUACGGUCAAAAAGCACAAAGCCGAAAAGUUAGAACUGUUUAAUUAGAACUACAACUCCCACCAGAAGUCUUUGUCUUUCAACAGUUUGCCUGUCUAAAAACCUUUUUUCUUUGUUGCCUUUUUAAAAAGUACUGGCUGGCAACGUUCAGUUAAAAGGUUCCAGUGUAAUUUAAUAUAAAAGACAUAAAACCGACUAACUAAUAGGGUUUUAUUGUCCUGUGAGUCCUCAACUCACGCAAGAAUAUUAACAAGGCUGCUGAGUUGUAGUUCAAAUGAGACUAACUUUUGCCAAUGUGUCUUACUUCUUGAGCGUCAAAUGUUUUUGGAUUUGAUCAAAUUAAUACGAAUAUCAUUUUAUAUAUCUUAGGACCGCGUUUUCAUGAAUUUGAUGAUAUAAGCUUGAAGCCCGUUCAAAAACCAUAUGGGACUGGAAACAGGAAGUAGGCAGGACUAUCAUAAUACCCUCCUCUCCUUGUGUCAGUCUGCAGAUCCUGGGGUCAAGCUGGAAAGGUCUGAAGGAGAGGAGGACCCACAACACAGCAGAGACAACCAGACUGGAGUGGCACCCCCUGUAGCCAUGGAGGACCUCACCACCACCCCAGUGCAGCCCAGGAGCCGACGCAGCGUCACGGAGGAGGAGGAGGGUCCAGAGGUGCUGCUGGUGAAGGAGGAGGGCAGUGAGGAGGGUCUGGGGAACCCUGAGGAGACUAUGGUCAUGGAGGACAACCAGACUACACCUCUUGAACACACAGAGGAACCAGCAGAGCAGCACAGGACCACACACAGUCUCCCUGAGUCAGUAGACAUGGAGGAUGGGAUGCCUGAUCUGCUGCUAGUCAAAGAGGAGGCAGUAGAAGACCGACCAGAGAGCAUUGACCUGCUGAGUGGACUAAAGAUGGGUGGGCAAGGUGGUUGGCUGGAGGCUAAGAGAGGAGACUGGGUGGCCAUCUUGGAUUCCCAAACUCAGACAGGUGCAGCCAAGGGCCCAGGGGACAACAUCACUGAGCAGGCCAGGACCAGCGGCAACAUAGUGGAAGACAGUGGAUGGGACAGCGUCCUCAACUCUGGGCUGGUGAACAACACUGUUAACCAGAAACAGACAGUGGAACACAAAACAACAUACGAACUUAGUCUCCAUGACAACAGACUGGCUGAGACCAGGGGGAGGUGUAGAUUUAGUCCACAGGGACAGAGAGGUGUCCGUAUGCAGCUGGAGAGAACAGACACAGACUCAGCUAGCGAUGCGCCAUCCUGCUCCUAUAGUUGUGAUUCAGAGAGACUGAUGGCGCCUCAGGUUACCCCCCUAACAGUUGCUGCCUUCAGCCUGCCUUCUAUAGGAUCUAUCAACUGGAACAUGGACCCUGCGACACAGACACUUCCUGGCCUUCAUCCUCCUCACACUCUCCUAAUGUUAAACCAGACCUCAGGCAGUAGUGCCUCAACACUAAAUGGCUACACAAGCCCAUUGACAAAUGACCGUAGUAGUAUUAAUGCUGUCAGUCGAUCUGGUGGCAAAGAGAAGCGCUUCCCGUGUCCUUUCUGUGGGAAAGCCUUCAGUUUCCCUAAACAGGUGCAGAUCCACCAGAGGGUCCACACAGGGGUAAAACCCUUCAGCUGUACCCAGUGUCACAUGUGCUUCGCUCAGACUGGUGACCUGAAGAGGCACCAGAGGGUCCACACCGGGGAGAAACCAUAUAGCUGCCCCCAGUGUGAGAAAAGGUUCUCCCGCAAGCACCAGCUGAAUAGGCACCUGAAGGUUCAUACAGGAGAGAGGCCAUUCGCCUGUACGCAAUGCAGGAAGAGGUUCUCAGAGAGGAGCAACCUCAGGAUACACCAGCAGAAAGACCAUUCCACUCUGACAUAGAAAGGAACCGUAUCACUCAAUACUUUGAGGUUUAGAUUAAACCCAGCAUUAAAGAUAAAUAAUCAUUUUCAUUGUUGUCAGCAGAAAAGAUCCACAGAUGCAUUUGGAAUGACAGAUUUCAGUGUUGAAUAUUCCUCAAUAGAAUAUUGCAUCCAGACAUUGUGAUAUACACUGAGUGUACAAAACAUUAAGAAUACCUUCCAAAUAUUUAUUUGCACCCCCCAUUUUGCCCUCAGAACAGCCUCAAUACGUAGGGGCAUGGACUCUACAAAGUGUCGAAAGCAUUCCACCGGGAUGCUGGUUCAUAUUGACUCCAAUUGCUUCCCACAGUCGUGUCAAAUUGUCUAUGUUCUUUGGCUGGUGGACCAUUCUUGAUACAUAUGGGAAACUGUUGAGUGUGAAAAACCCAGUAGCAUUGCGGUUCUUGACACAAACUGUUGUGCCCGGCACCUAAUACAAUACCCCGUUCAAAAGCACUUCAAUAUUUUGACUUGCCCAUUCACCCUCUGAAUGGCACACAUACACGAUUCAUGACUCAACUGUCUCAAGGUUAAAAAUCCUCCUUUAACCAGUCGCCUCCCCUUCAUCUACGCUGAUUGAUGUGACGACAAUAAGAGAUCAUAUUUCUUUCACGUAGUUAGUCUGUCAUGGAAAGAACAAGUGUUCAUAAUGUUUUGUACACAGUCAUUUAUACACUGAACAAAAAUAUAAAAAUGCAACAUGCAACAAUUUAAAAGAUUUUACUGAGUUAUAGAAAUCAGUCAAUUGAAAUAAAUGAAUUAGGCCCUAAUCUAUGGAUUCACAUGACUGGGCAGGGGUGCAGCCAUGGGUGGACCUUGGAGGUCAAUAGGCCCAGCCAGUCAAAAUGAGUUUAUCCACACAAAGGGCUGUAUUACAUACAGAAAAUACUCCUCAGCACCCCCUCAGACUAUCCUGCAGGCGAAGAAGCCGGAUGCCCAGGUCCUGGGCUGGCAUGGCUACACGUGGUCUGCGGUUGUGUGGCCGGUUGGACGUACUGCCAAAUCCUCUAAAACGAAAUGAACAUUCAAUUGCCUGGCAACAGCUCUGGUGGAUAUUUCUGCAGUCUGCAUGCCAAUUGCACACUCCCUCAACUUGAGACAUCUGUGCAAGUGUUGUGUGACAAAACUGCACAUUUUAAAGUGUCCUUUUAUUGGCCCCCAGCACAAGGUGCACCUGUGUAAUGGCCAUACUGUUUAAUCAGUUUCUUGAUAUGCCACACUUGUCAGGUGGAUUGAUUAUCUUGGCUAAGGAGAAAUGCUCACUAACAGGGAUGUAAACUAAUGUAUGCACAGAAUGAGAGAAAAGCUUUUUGUGUGUAUGGAA